AAAACUGCGUUGAGAUGACGAAAAGAGUGCAAUUCUUUGCGUUUUAAAUAAGGAAAAAAAAGGAGAAAACACUGCGAAUAAUUUGGAUUCUUUAUCACGUUUUUAUUUAUAUUUUGGGGGGUUUUGGCUCUACACCUACUCCAAGAAGCCAUCGAAAGUGUUGUUUUAGGGUUUUUUCUUUGACCAGUAGCGAGAGAUCUCUUCAUUUUUUUACAAUGGCUUCCUCUUCUCUCCUCAGAUCCGCCGCCGCCGCUGCUCCUCGCGCUGACCUUUUCUCCUCGUCGCCUUCGUGUGAUCAUUCUAAGGUGCCUUCAAGUCUUGGAUUCAGUCACAGCUUCACAUCACGUAGAUUUUCUGGUGCUGCCGUUGCUAUUGGUUCAUCAUCAUCUCUACAGAAAUGCAAUGCAAGAAGUGUGCAGCCCAUCAAGGCCACUGCUACUCAAGUGCCAGCUGCAGCUCAAAGGUCAAGUAGCACCGGAAAGACAAAGGUUGGGAUCAACGGUUUUGGUCGGAUUGGAAGGUUGGUCCUCCGCAUUGCGACAUCCAGGGAUGAUAUUGAGGUUGUGGCAGUUAAUGACCCUUUCAUUGAUGCCAAGUACAUGGCUUACAUGUUGAGGUAUGAUUCUACUCAUGGAAAUUUCAAGGGAACCAUCAAUGUCAUUGAUGAUUCUACUUUGGAGAUUAAUGGGAAGAAGGUCAAUGUUGUCAGCAAGAGAGAUCCAGCUGAGAUCCCUUGGGCUGAUCUUGGAGCUGAUUAUGUUGUUGAGUCUUCAGGUGUAUUCACCACCCUCUCAAAGGCUGCAUCCCAUCUUAAGGGUGGUGCAAAGAAAGUGAUAAUCUCUGCCCCUUCAGCUGAUGCACCCAUGUUUGUUGUUGGAGUAAAUGAGAAGACAUACCUACCAAACAUGGAUAUAGUCUCCAAUGCAAGUUGUACCACCAAUUGUCUUGCACCGGUUGCUAAGGUGGUCCAUGAGGAAUUUGGCAUUCUUGAAGGCUUGAUGACAACUGUCCACGCAACCACUGCUACUCAGAAGACUGUUGACGGGCCAUCAAUGAAGGACUGGAGAGGAGGCCGGGGAGCUAGCCAGAACAUCAUUCCUAGCUCAACCGGUGCUGCAAAGGCUGUAGGUAAAGUUCUGCCAGAACUUAACGGGAAACUUACGGGAAUGGCAUUCCGUGUACCAACACCAAAUGUUUCCGUUGUGGAUUUAACUGUUCGACUUGAGAAAGGUGCCUCUUAUGAAGAUGUUAAAGCGGCCAUUAAGUUUGCCUCAGAAGGAUCUUUAAAAGGCAUUUUAGGGUAUACAGAUGAAGAUGUUGUCUCAAAUGAUUUCGUCGGUGAUUCAAGGUCGAGUAUCUUUGACGCCAAUGCCGGGAUUGGAUUGAGCAAGUCCUUUGUGAAACUUGUCUCUUGGUACGACAAUGAAUGGGGUUACAGCAACCGAGUGCUUGACCUUAUAGAGCACAUGGCUUUGGUAGCAGCUAGCCGCUAAACACACACACACACACGGUUCUUCCAGAAGCUUGAGACUUUCUACGUUUUUGUGUUCGGUUUGGAUUGGUUUGGUUCUAUUAGAUGCUAGAUCUUUAAUGAGGUUUGGUUUGAAUAACGAGCCUUGCUUAUUUUUGGUUCUCAUUUCAGUAUCUUUCACUCUACGGGAACAUAGAAUUGGUCUAAAAGACAAAACGAUCGACUCAAUAAGAUAUUUGUUGUACUUUACCAAAUUUAAGCUUAUCUGUAGCAUAAGCAACAAUUGUUU